AUGGAAUACCGCAUCAAUGAACUUGGCCGUUUCCGGAUUCUUCUUGGUGGCCUUGCUGCUUCGCUCUGCAUGUCGGUGAUUUACGGCUUUAAUCUUCUCAGCAAUCAUAUUCAGAAUGAGUUUGACCUCAACGCGAACGACUUGACGACCAUAACAACCGUUGGCAUUGUUGUUGGGCUGGUGACGUUCCCCGGAGGCAUACUGCUGGACUACGCGGGGCCGAAGUGGGUACUCGCCAUCUCCACCGUUACUUGUUCACUGGGCGCUCUUCUCUUUGGGCUUACAUUUCAAGGAGUCAUCGCCGCCUCUGUGUUGCGUUUUUCGGUCUUCUGUGCGUUUUUGAACUUUGGGUGCUUCUGGUUUGACACUGGAUCACUGAUGGCGGUGCUCGGGAGCUUUCCGCUGACGAGGGGUCCUGUGGUGGCGCUGAUGAAGACAUAUGGCGGUAUCGGCUCCUCUGUGCUUGCUGUGCUUAACUACAGCUUCUUUUAUGAGAAGUAUGCGGCCUACAUGUACUUCUUGGCAAUUACUGUGGUGCUUCUUGGUGGCUUUUCGAUAGUUUUUGUUCAAUUCCCACCGUAUCACAUUGUCGAUCGCGAGAAGAAAACAUUGCCGCUUGAAAUCCAGGAGCGACGAAAGCUUAUUGAGCCUUAUUACCUGCAACAGCGUCCACCGAUACAGCGAUUUAUUGUUGGCUGCAUCGUCGUUAUUUCCCUUAUCAUAUACCUGGUGACGCAGUCACUAUGCUUGGCCUACGUGAGCGGCAUCUCUAAAAAUACCCGCAUCGGCAUCACCAUUGGGGCGAUUAUUCUCUUAUUCUCGUUGUCGGUGAUUGUAGCGCCCUUUCGGUUUCUUGGUGGCAUGUCAAAACCGCCGAACGAGGAACUUCCGCCGCUGCCGGAUGAAUUGGCAGAACCGGUGCAGCUAUCGUCGAAAGAAGCAGCGGAUAGGGCUGUGAAGGAGACGCAUGUUCCGAGCGACAUUGACCCGCAGUAUCAGGGUACUUUCUGGGAGGACCUGAAGACACCGGACCUGUGGAUGAUGUGGUGGAACACUUUCGUCACUUGGAGCUGUGCACUUGUCAUUUCCUUCAACAGUGCCCAGAUAUACCGUGCAUUAAACGAUAAUGAAUACGACACCGCCACAAAUUCGAUGUACUCGGCUAUCAUUGGUAUCGGGAACGCCCUGGGUCGUUUGGCGGUGGGGAUCAUAGAGUUUUUGAUCCUCCGACGAUCUCCAGAGCGUCGUCCUGCAAUCACAUGUCUCUACCCGGUUGCCUCGUGCAGUUUGUUUCUGAGCGUGUUUUUCUUAUUGGUUUUGCCCUUGCGAUCCAAGGCCGUCAUUCUUGGUUUCUUGCUUGGCGGGAUUGGCAACGGUGCAGGCUGGGCGAGCACGGCUUUGGUGAUGCGCUCCGUCUACUCGAAGGACAUCGGCAAACACUACAAUUUCAUGUAUGUUGGUGCAUUUUUUGGUAUUAUUGUACUUAACCGUUUUGCAUACGGAGAGCAAUUAACGCGGGCUACAAAGAAGGGCCCUCACUACCCCAAUUGCGGUGGCAAGGCAUGUAUCCAGAAUGGAUUCAUUGUAUUCCUGUGCGUACUUGCAACCGCCAUUGUUGCUAGCACGCUUGUGCACGUCCGAUACACACGCUUUAUUAAAAAUACGCGUGCCGCUUGCGGAGAGAGGAACCCUGAGCCCAUUGUUUCUAAUGCUGAGAAACACCCGGAGGGAAGCUCCGCCACUGCAAAUAACUAG